GCAUGCGCGAAUAAAUAGUUAUAUAGCAUAUUAGCAGAAAAGUUUAUAUUCAUCGAUAUUCCUAGUUUUUAGAUGUUAACUAUGAUAUGUAUAUUUAAUUACAUUAUUAUUUUUCGGUUUCUAUAUAUUAUUGAGAGAUAAGGUUGACCUUGGCAUUGUAAACAAUAUGGCGCCGCCCAUGCGGCAUGUUGUUCACGCGGAUAACGGAAAAGAUGAUGGUCAGAACGCAAAUCCUCGCACGACAAGUGCUGUCAUUGAAUCUGCGGCUGAGAGGUGGAACAGGAGGAAAGAUAACGUUAAAAAGGGAUUUCUUUUGACAUCAGUGGUAGGCCUUGCAACAUACUUCCAGUUCAAGAGUGCUUUUGCCAUCGCAGCCAAAAAAGGGGAUGGCAGUGCUAUAACUCCGAUCAACAUUGGUCGAGCUGAUUUGAAAUGGGCAUCAAAGGCGUUGGCGUAUGGGACUUUUCUGGCUGUAUCCGGUACUGGCCUGGUCGUUUUUGUCAUCAAAAAAGCAAUGGGGGUCAAUAAUUUGAUAGAAUUCAAGCAGAGAAUGCAUGAGAUCUUCCCUCAGGCCAAGAAAUCACCAUCUUCUGGAGAUGACUCUGAGAAAAUAGAAACUGUGGAGGACUUCAUCAAAUACAUAACAGAGGACAGAAAGAAAAAGGCUGCUUCAACAAACUCUAAUUCUGAAGACUCCUGAUGAAAAGUUAAUCGAUAAAAAUUUACAAUUGUGUGUGUGUUUGUUGGUAGUUAACAGUGUAUGUGAAAAAGAGAAAGUUCUGUAGGGAUGUUUGCUACAGUAACAGUUCCUGUGGAAUUUUUGCUACAAUAGUUUCUACAAUGUUUGCUACUGUAACAGUUCCUGUAGGAUGUUUGCUACAGUAGCAGUUCCUGUGGGAUGUUUGCUACAAUAGCAGUUCCUGUGGGAUGAUAUCCUGCUUCAAAUGUAGGAGAAAGAACCUUAUUGAUUUUGGGAUCAAAAUUUCAUUGUUUCUACGGGACAUCAUAGAAAACAUUGUGAGGGGAUGCCUUGCAAAGCUUUUGUUUUUAAAGAUUCACCAUAACAUUAAGUCUAUACGAAAUGGUGAAGUUUGAUUAUUGUCCAUAGUUUAUCAUAUCUUUUAUCAUACUCCACAAAUGAAGUUUAUAGGGGGUAUAUUUGAAUCAGCAUGUCCAUCUACAUGUAUCUGAAUGAUUUUGUCUGGACAGAUUAGCUGUGAAUUUUUCUGAAAAUUUGUACUCUUUAUCCAUUAAGAUAUAAAUAGUGCAUCCAAGAGAGGAAUUGUCACCCUAAAAAGACAGUUGUCAAUGGUUAAGGGGUAACAAUUUCUAAUGUUGCCCUCUCUUGUUUACACUAUUUAUUACAUGUAUAUGAAUACUUGAAUACUUAUUUAUUAUACUGAAUGUCUUAAGGGGCAAGAUCAAUGUCGGAUAAAAAUCUAAAUUCAAAUAGUGGGGGGGGGGGGAGUAAAAACUCCCGUAAGUUUCUGUCAUCCAACAUCAAUUACACCUUAGUGAAAAAAGACAAGUUACAAUGAAAAACCACAUUCAAUGAACAUUUAAUAGUUUUAAUGUACACUUUCAUUUGUGAAUAAACAAUAGAAAAGGUAUACAGAGUGUUAUUUAUACUUGUAUGUUUUUACUAGAUAAACAAUUACUUUCAACAUUCAUCAUAUUUUUAAGAGGGUGGGGGGGGAUCUUUAUGAAAACUAUGUGAAUUUAGUUUUUAUCAGACAUGAACUUUUGAUCUCGCCCCUAAAUAAAUUGUAUGACAUUUUGUUACAAAGAGAGAAUUGAACUUUUUGUUAUUUCUUCAUUAAUCAUAAGUCAACAUGUUUGAACAAAUAAAUAAAAUUGAUUGAACAACAUGUAAAACAUUACAUCAGACCACACCUUUUUCUGCACAUAGUGUAUUUAUGUUAUAUACUUCCGAGUCAGAGUUUUCUCAGAUUCUCUGGAGGCUUGUGGUUGAUCGAGCCAAAUCCUUUUUUCUUCAUGUCUGUAACUUUUGCCUUCAAAACUUUUUUGUAGAACUAUAUUCUGGGUCACUGAUUGAAGUUAUAAACUGCUGUUUUUUAUCUGAUGGGCAUAAAAAAAUGUGGAUUUGCUUUGAGUCUCUCUUUGGAAUGACUUUCAAACCUGUAUUGACAUCUCUCAAAAUCUGAAAAUUUUCUCAUGAACAGCUAGGCUAUGAUGGAUUCCAGUUUAUUUAAUCCAUGGCCUUAGAGGGUAGAAUGGGACUAGAAUUUGGAAUCAGAGUUUUACAUUAGGAUAUAUAGGAGAAAAUCUUUUGGGGCAAGAAUUGAGAAUUGAAUUUUACAUAAUACAUGUACAUGAAGAUCAUUGUAGGCAAAAAUAUUCUCCAGAACAGCAAGACCAUGUGAGUAGUAUUGCUAAUGAUGCAGCCUUAUUUUGUGUGAAUUCAAGGUCAUGACCAUCUGGAGGUGGAGUCAAAAUGAGAGGGUAAAUAAUCUUCUAAUCUCUUUGGAUGGCAGGGCCAAUGUGACUCAGGUGAACAUUGCGGUCCAUGAGUCUCUUGUUUUUCAUGGAAACUUUAAACUGGGCUUUGACAAACUUCAUAUUUAUACCAUAGAUUUAUCUUUACAAUACACAUGUGAUACUAAAAUUUUGUGUUUCCAAUGCUGUGCUCCAUGUAACUUGAAAGAAAUACUUUCGAAAGAAUCAGCAAUAGAGUUGUUAAUUUUUGUCACUCCAAUUAAUUGUAAAUAUUGGAGACAAUGUGAACAUGUGUUGGACAUGGAAGCACUGGUUUGUGAAAGUUUAUCACUGAUAUUCUCAAGAAAAGGGUAGUCGCAAAGCUCACAAAUAUUUCUUGCAUGUAAAUAAAAGUUGAUUUAAAAGUACUCUAUACAUUGUGACUUAUUACAGAGCAGAAACACUUAUUUUCUUUGGGCCAUUUUUUAUGUUUGAGAAAAUAAGCAUGUUGAUGUUUUUCAUUUUGUGAUUUGAGCGUUUUUAUUCUGUUAGUUUGAAUUGUGGGUAUUUUCCUACAAUGAAAACAAUGCAAAUGAAAACCUCGCAAAAAUUAAUAAUUGUACAUGAUAGUCAUGCACGUAGAGAGUUGUAAUAAUACAGAACUGACAGUUAGAUACAGAUUCAAUGUUUAUCACUGGAUUUUAUGAGGAAGCUGUGACUGCAAUGGGAGUUUAUAGAAGGAACAAAGCUGCAAUUCAGUUGUAUAUCAGGAAAAAUAUUUUGCGUGUAAUACUCAAAUUUUUUGUAAAACAUUAUUUAAAAUUACUUUCCAUCAGUAAAAUUGAAGUUUCCACCAA